AUUUGUUAUGAAUCUUUCGUAAUGAGUACAGUUCAGAUGUGUUUGGGGGAUCACCUUGUGAUGUCCAUCCUUGAAAGCACGAUGGUUCCUUGGCUAGUCAGUACAGACAUACUGGUCUUUAGGUGCCUGUAUUUCAAGGAUGGGCAGAACAAGGCAUUCUCACACUAUCAGAUGGACUAGGAUAUGUAUCAAUUUAACUUUAAUUCCAGCUGAAAAAUAGUAAUAAUUUUCUUAUUUAGCCCUACUUUUUAACGAUAAAAAUCCCUACUUUGCCCUACUUUUUGCUAAAAUCUUGCCCUACUUUUGCCCUAGUUUUUUGUGGAGAGGCAGUAGAAAGCCUGUAGCAGGCAUACCAGGAAAAUAUAUAAGUCAAUAAUGGGGUCGGCAAGGCAAUUAAUUAUAUGCCACUCACACAGUGUAGAGCUCUUGAUGCUUCAAAUGGUGAACGAAACGUGCGUACUAGAAAUGUGAUAUUUUGCUAAUAUCUUGAACAUGUUCUCAGUUAUGAAAAUAUAUAUCUUUAAAAUUAUUUAAACAAACAAUCACAGAAUGAUGAAUCAUCAUGCCAAGUCUGUAUAAGAAUACGGAGUGACUGUGUUCCCAUUUAUUCCUGUCUGUGUAAGUCUAAUAAUGUCACACCAUUUAUCAUUUAUACCUUGGUAUGCAAAAUAGUGAUGUCCAAAAAAACAUAAGCUUUUAACACAAUAUGUAUUUAAACAAUACAACUUAAUGUGCGCUGCUGAUCCACACAUACCAGAGAUAUUGGCCCUUUAAUGUAUGCAUAAUUCAUGCUUUUCCUACAUGUAAUUUAAAGUUUGUUGAGUGAACUACUCCUAUAUUUCUCAGGUGACUGCAUUGAAACUUGAAAUAUGCCAUCGUCAUGAAGUGUCUAUGCUCAAGACACAAUAUACAUGCAGAUUCACACUUGCAAGAGUUAGAGGCCCUUGAUCCUCACUUAGACAACACAUACUCAGUGUCAAAGUUGUGGCACGGGUAUUUUUAGUCAAUUUUGUUGCGAAGCUCUAGUUUCAAAUUCGGUAUGCAUGUUUACAACGAUAUCACAAGGGAAGUCAAUUUUACUAGGGCAGUUAUUCAUAAAUUAAAUUAAAUAAUGCCCACUUUAUUGAUAUUGAAUUGCAUUUUAGGUUAAGUUUUAUGACGCAUUUCAUGCCUCAGAAUCUGUGGAAGAUAUUUGGUGUGUAUACAUGUUUACCAUCACAACGGGGCUUCAUUUAUCAAGGGUAACAUAGUAUAACGUUUGUCAUUGUUAUCUCCCCUUUUAAACAUCAGAAGCCUUAUGAUUUGUUAACAGAGUAACCUUUGGACUCAGUUCGACUUUUUGAAUAAGCCAAUGCAAUAUGAGUCCUCUAGUUCCUGCAUAUGCAAAGUCUAUUGGCAGAAAUAUGGCUCUUGGGCAGCUGAAGUUUCACCUUUGUUUACUUUCACUGCACAGUUUGACUCUAAAUGUGGAGCAUGCUCACAUCUUACGUUGAUAAUAAAUUUUUUAAGUCGCAAGUAAGAAUGUUAAAUUGCCAUAAAGAUAUUUGACCUGUUAUAAUAAACAAAAACUCUGACCAAACUGCCGCAAUCAAACUAUAUCUACACAAUGUACUGUGCUGCAGGGCGAUUAUCCCAAUUCAGUUUACGAUUCUGUAAUAGCAAUCAUUACUGAUUUGAAAAUACAUAAUAUAUUUAGUAUAAACCUUUAAUUAGCUGAUUUGUGAAAAUGCAAAAUUGUGCACCUUUAAAGGAUCAUCGCUUUUUGUAACAAUGAUAAUUGUCGGGUUUUAAUAAUAUUGCUAACAUGUUUACUUGCUUGUAUGUUCUUAAAAACAGAUUUCGGAAGACUUAACGGAACUAUCUAUCAGAAUGUCAAAAGUAUUGAAUGCCAUUGGAGUCGUUAAGGACGUUAUUAUGCAUCGAAGAAAGUCAUUUAUGUUUCGAGAGAGUCUGAAUGUGAUAUCAGACAAUCCAACAAGCUGGGAAGUAUUUCAUUUCGGCAGCCAGACUGAAGGCACCACCACACCCGGCCUGCAAUCGGAUAUUGAUGUACUACGUUGUGACAUUACUGUGAAUGUUAUGAUCAAGAAAGCCGGGAUGGAGAAAAUACUGAAGGUGAAUUAUAACGAACAUGUAGCACGAUGGUGUGAUAUUAAUGCAGUGAUCAACUUUCUCGAUUGGAAAGCCGGGAUGCUCAACGUACUUAUGCUAUGGGACGAAAAUACAACUCCCCAACAAUACCUAGUACAGAUAUUUAAAGAAAAUUGGCCGGCACCGGAGACGUUCCUUUGCGAUCCCAGGUUUGUGCGGAAAGCCACAGGUGAAAUACUCCUCAGCUCUGAAAGGGUAAAGGAUGAUCAUGAAAAUGAACACAAAAAUAAAUAUGGGGAAGUAGGACAUUUUACGAAGCAAGGGCCUUCCGUGAGUUAUUUACAAGAUUGGGAUAUGGUUUACGCUUUACCGAUUAAAAGACAGCUUCAAGAAAUACAACACUGGGUAGACAAGAAGCGACCGAGACACUGGCCUUCUAAAAAUCUAUUGGAGGCUGCACGUGUUACAGCGUGCUUUCUUGUUCCGGUUGGUCAUGCUGACAGCAAUUACAAACGGGACGAGUGGCGACUUUCAGCAAAUCUAAUAGAACGAAUGCUGAUGUUUAGUUUAAAUAUAACUCAGAUUAAAUGCUAUGUGGUUUUAAAAAUGAUUAAAAAAACGUUGUUCUCGAAAAUUGUCAAUGACGGUAUCACAAGUUUUCAUUGCAAAAAUAUUUUGUUUUUUACCAUUGAGGGAACCUGUUCGUCUUUGUGGAAGGAAAAUAACCUUAUGUUUCUACUUUUAAUGUGUUUGCACGCACUGAGAAAAAUGUUGAAAGUUGGAAUUUUCCCACAUUAUAUUAUUCAAGGGGUUAACUUGUUUGACGGGAAAAUAACGUUUAAACAACAACGCCGCCUUUUGCAAUAUGUUGAAUCAAUGAUAGCAAAUAAUUUGAAAGACCUAGUCGACAUUGAGGUGGACGAUUUUGGAGUCCGGUUAAGUAAUAGUUGCUUAAUGGAGGUUGGGAAGGCUGGUCGAUCUCGUCGUUCAGCAUUUUGUAAAACUAUUAUUUUACAUCUCGAGUACGGGCGUUGGUCGACUUUACUUAUACAUUUAAGAGGCUUUUGGCAUGAAAUGUACGACUCAAAUUCAACAAUUAAUAUUGAACAAUUCCUAACGAAGAUUAUGCGCACUUGUAUUAAACAUUUACAUAAUGUCAGAUUGAAACGAGCCGCGCUAGAAUUAAUUAAACAUUUUUUCGCUCUACAUAUUUCACUAAAUGCAUCUCGAUGUUUACGAUUCUGCAAUAAAAAUAUAAAAAAUAGUAUACACAAAUUUCGAUAUUGUUUAAACACGGACUUAGCUUCGAUGCGAUUAAAAGUGGCUUCUGUGUUAUACUGCAGUGGGCAUUUACGUGCAGCAUCUGUCGUGUUAGAGGACGUGGAGAAAAGAUACCAUAAGUGUGUAAAGGCAAUAUGUGGAGUAAGAGAUCUCGAACAUGACAAUGAUCUAAACUUGUUUGCUCACAUGGUGUCAGGUGCUGGUGUCAAAGGAUGGGAAGAAGCACCAUUUGCAUUUUGUGUCAAAUUUGUGCCACACGAAGCCUUCUGUGUUCCCUAUAUACUGCUUUACGAAAUGGCUCGUGGCGAGUCCGAAGAGGAGGUGGCGCAGAGAAAUUACUAUGACAAACGAUGGAUGAACUGUGCUGAGGUGGAUGCUCGCGUGUUCCUCUAUUAUAUGCAGUAUCUUACUUAUGGAGGACUACGAGAACGGAAAAAACAACUACAAGCAAUGGAUAAAUUGGGAAAUUACAUAUGUAAUGGACAUAAUGGAACACUAACUAUUGACAUGCAUCACAGUGAAACGGCUGGGUCUUUGAUGGGCCACUGCUGUGAAAUGGAGGGAAACUAUAAGACAGCAUUAUAUUUCUACACAACAUCGUUGAAGAUUAUUCCUACAAACAAUGCUGCCAAUCAUCACGUGCGACGGAUUCAGGCUCGCAGGCAUUACAAUUAAUCCGUCUUUUGACCUGUAUUUAAUGGGAUGAAUACUCGCCAUUAUAUGCUUAGUGGAAGUAAUAUUGUUAAAUAGUUGACUCUAUAAUAUUCAAAAUGUCAUAUUUGAAAAACUGUUGGUGUUUGUGCUAUAAUUGUGUACAAUGUUAUAGUUAUAGACUAUUGCAUGUGCUUAAUGUAAUUGAUUUUGUAUUGUACGAUUCGAUUACAAUGUCGCAAGUUUACUAAAAUUAUCAGAUCUAUUCAAUGUUUUGCUGGGUAUAACCAUAUACCUGGACAAAAGAAUAUCGCGAUCACAAACUGAAACAAACACAACUCUAUUAAGUUUAAAUGCUGACAUUACAUUUAUUAGGAGCUUUGCGACAUUUAAAACCAUUGAAACGUUAGUAAGUUUUUGUAUUUUAUGUUCGGAUGUUAUGUGUUAUUGUUUUUUGAACCAUUUUAUUCAGUAUGUUAUUUGUUCAGUAAUUGUAAACGUACCAUUUUGUAAUUUUUUAUGCAAAACUA